CCCAAAGUAGGCCUGUCUACGAUCAUCAGCCUCUGAACUACCAUCCUCCUCUAUUUUCAGUUUCUUUCCUCUGUUGGGUCUUUUCCUUGAGUCUCUCUUACGUUUAUAUCUAUUCUAUCUACUUGGGUUAUCUCAUUGAAGGUCGAAACUGUACCUACGCCGUGUUUAUAUCUACCUCAACAACCAACAUCUCGCACAUAUCAACCAUGCGUUACUCGCUAUGGUUCGCAGCAGCGCUGGCGCCGUUUGCACUUGCAGCCCCGAAAUACGACGGCUGGCUCCCCGCCCAGCCGGGGGACUCCAAGUUCAUCGCCACAUACUUCAACCAGCUUGCCCAGAAGGUCGGAGAGGGGAGGCAUUGGGCCGCCGCACCAGUCUGCGAUCUAAGCAAAGCCGUGAUGCCAGCUUCAACAGAACCAUUACCCGCACCUGACGCCGGCACAACCCUAAAGCACGUCGCCAUCGGCCGCGGCAUCCAGAACUACACCUGCGACACCACCAACGCCACCGCCAUCCCCAAGGCGAUCGGCGCAGUAGCAACCCUCUACAACGCCUCGUGCGUCGCCGCGACCUUGCCCAUGGUCCUCAACACCCUCUCCGGCUUCGCCCUGCAAUUCAACCUGGGCCCCAACCCCGCCGCCCCGAACCCCGCCAACCUCGGGGUCUCGGGCCAGCACUUCUUCACUGAGGCUGGUGUCCCAUUCUUCAACCUCAACACUACGAACCAGCAGAUCGGAACGCUGCCAUGUAGCAAGAAUGCAAGUGCGGCUGCCCCGGCAACCGCGAUUAAGGGACAAGCCUAUAAGGGAAAUGGUGCGGUUGCGUGGCUCAAGCUUACGGCUGUGGAUGGCGCAACUGGCAACCUCGAGAGCGUUUACCGUCUCAACACUGCUGGUGGUAACCCACCAGCAACAUGCGAGGGCAUGUCUGCUACGUUCGAAGUUGAAUAUGCCGCCGAGUACUGGUUCUUCCGCAGCUAAAAAGUGUCGACGAGGCGGUGGCCAGUGUGAAUAGGCGAGGCGAGCGUAGAUAUAAUUCCUUCAAUUCGGUAGCCGUCAGUGACGCGCUCUUCUCUCGUACCGCAAGGAUAUGAAGGGGGGGCAUUUUGGGUAAUGGAGUACUGGAGUUGUCAUGUUUUAUACAUUGGCGGAGUUUACAUUGUACAUUUACCUACUGAGCUAUGACUCGGAAAAGUAGAUAGUGUGCGAAUGAACUCCUUUGCUAAUAUUAUAUGCCUAUCUGCUAUGUGACUUGGUAAAUGUGUGCUUAAUGGUAUGGGCGCUUAAUUAGA